GGUCUCAAAGAAUUAUUGAUCAGAAUCUCCUUCCACUUUUCUGAUCAUCGGGUCUAGGAGAUUGCUGGUCGUUGGUUGAUGGCAGUCGCCAGCGACCAUCAUCGUUUCUUUCUAGUUAUUUCUUGUUACAUACAAUUUUUUUGGCCGGUAACGUGAUCCACGGUCCUGUAGUAGCGCCAAAAGCUCGUGGGCUACGACUCGUGAUCUUUUGCCUCGUAAAAAGUUGAAAUAGGAGUGGGGAAGCCAGCCGUCGACAGUCGAGGCUCGAGACGAUAGAGAGAGAGAGAGAGAGAGAGAGAGAGAGAGGGAAGGGCAGUCCGCAACCAUGGUGGAGGAAAGUCCGACGAGGAUCAUGGUGGGCGUGAACGAGUCGACGGUGAAGGGUUAUCCCUACCCUUCCAUCAGCAGCAGGAACGCAUUCGAUUGGGUGAUCAAGAAGAUAGUCCGUCCACGAAGCCCCUCCGCCUCCCACUUCAAGCUACUCUUCCUCCACGUCCAGGUCACUGACGAAGAUGGAUUUGAUGACAUGGAUAGUGUCUAUGCAUCGCCAGAUGACUUCCGAGAUAUUAGGCACAGGGACAAAGUUAGAGGGCUUCAUUUAUUGGAGUACUUUGUUUCACGCUGCCAUGAACUUGGGGUUUCUUGUGAAGCAUGGAUGAAGCAAGGUGACCCGAAAGAGGUUGUCUGCAGUGAAAUAAAGCGUGUCCAACCUGAUCUUCUUGUUGUCGGCAGUCGUGGACUGGGUCCAUUUCAAAGGGUAUUUGUUGGAACAGUGAGCGAGUUCUGUACGAAGCAUGCAGAUUGCCCGGUGGUUGUUAUAAAAAGGAAGGCAAAUGAAACACCAGAAGAUCCAGUCGACGAUUAGCUUCCUGCAUUGUUUCUACAGGUGUCAUUUACAGUCCACUGUGCAAAUAGGCAAUUCAUUUCACUGGUGUUUGUGUACAUAACUGAAAUCUGUGAACAGAAGGCUUGCUGCGCCGGGUUAAUGCCUGCUUCUCUGACUUGGCUUGUUCAGUGUUGUGGAACUUGCUUUGCUUCUUUUGUUUAUGGUGAGCUACACUUUUCA